UGGCGACUCGCGGGAGUUCAAUUUUCCCCUGUGUCAGCUUAGUAUUUGCGCUUUGUUUUGCGCAAGUUGCUGGGGUUACGUAUUCAAUUCCGUACAAAAACUACAAGACUGAUUGUGGGUCGAAUCAGUAUUAUGAUGCAGCAGGUCUACUGUGUAGGGACUGCGAUUUGACACAAGUGCAAAGUGCAGAUGGAUUGGCCUGCCAGUGCAGAGGACCUGCAUACAAGACAACCAAGAAUUUUGGAGGACCUGCAACCUCUGUUGAGUGUGAAGCAUGCGGUGCAGGAAAAGUAAGCACUGUGAAUGGUUGGGAUUGCAUUGCCUGCGAGACAGCCGACUGCUCCAGUUGCAGCACUGGCGACAUCGGUGAGGAGUACUCAAUAACAGGUGUUUUACAACCAACCAAAACUUGCCAGACCUGUGAUGCAUCCACCACGCCAAACAGCGAAGGAAUUCAGUGCGAAAGAUGUCACGAGAGUUUCCUUGCAGUCAACAAUGAGUGUACAUGCAACACUCCCUUGAGGGGUAGGAUGUGCUUUCGAGAUGGAGAGAUCAAGUCACCAGCUCAAGACACGUUCCAAGUCUCCUAUGAAUCCACAGAUAGUCCAGUGGUGUCCUGGUACUUCCAGGAGUAUCUCCAGGCUGCUGAGGCCAUGUGCAGGCUUUACCAGAAUCUAACGGCCUGUCAGAUGUUGGGCAACCUGUGCGUGCUGUUGUAUUACAACCCUAACAGCCUGAAUGAUGCCUGUGGUUACUUUGAAGACAUAAGGAGGUCAUCUAUCCCACUGAUUGGAGACAACCUGGACUGGGCUAUCUAUAUGCCAUGGUUGAGGUACGGCAUUGACCCAGCCGAUGAAAUCCUGACUGAAAUCAACAUUCCCACCAAGUUUUCUGCCGAGCCCACGUCCGAGGACAGCACGCUGAAGUUAUUUGUGGCCCAGUACGCAGCCACAGGCCAUUACCAAGACCUGCGAUCAGUCCGUGGUGGUGUUAUACAGCUUUGUAACGACACCGAAAAGAAAAUGAAUGCAGCCUACACCUUUGCCACUUCAUACUCGAGCAGUUGUCAGCUCACAGCCCAGGAUUUAUGGAACAACUAUGAAACCACCUUCUUUGAUAUGUAUCUUCAGUACACAGAGGGCACUAACACCAGACUUUACGCCGUCCCUGUCUUGUUAGAUAACUACCAGAAUGAUGGCACAUUUGAAAAUCGGCAGGAAAGUAGAAGUGCAUGGCAGUUGACACGUCGCUUCUUCCUCGUUGACAAUGUAAGUGGCAAGACGGCAUCAGAAAUAGCGGCUACAGUCAUUCGCUAUGCCAGCAGCAUGGAACUCUUGAUCACAUUGCAGAACGAAGCAGGGCAAACAAGAGAGGGUAAAAUCUAUCCACCACUCCUCAAGAUCCAGUACAGUGAGCUAGUCUAUGAGGAUGAUUACGAUGCCAACACAGAGGUGACGGUGUCAUUCCGAGUGACGUAUGAAAUGAGCCGCGACUACGGAGAGAAUGCUCUCUCCACUGCCCUGGGGAUCUUGAGUGGCAUCGGGGUGGUGUGGGCACUCGUCAGGUCUAACGCUUGGAGGCGUAGAGCAGGCCUAAUCUACAUCGACAUCAAGACGAUGUUUAAAUUCCUGUUCUUCAGCUUUGGCAUGUUGGGUGACGUCUUCUUCGUCUGCCUGUUUGGAACGACAUUAUAUUGGUUGUUCUUCUUCAAGCGUCAAGAUCUUGUGUACCUGGUCCUUCCCCACAAGGCUCAAGAGGUUUCCUUUAUUUGGUAUUUGUCCUUUGCCUUUUUCUGCAAGUCCCUGGACGUCCUGCAUCUGAUCGUCUACCAGUGCCUGGGCGACAUCUUUCUGAUUGACUGGGAGCGGUCAAGGGGUCGUGUUGUCCAGUCCAGUGACCCUGGCAACAACAAGGGGAGCGUGGCUCCCGUCAGCAUCUGGAGGACCUAUUUUGUUGCAAACGAAUGGAAUGAGCUGCAGGAGAUGAGACGAAGCAGUGUCUUCUUUCAGAUGUCGGCAAUGCUGUUUUUCUUGGAGGUGAUUGGUAUGAAAAACCUGACCACGAUGGAUCCCCGCAGCGACGUCUACGUGGACCCCAGUACUUAUCUGGGCGACCCCAGCAGGGUGCUGCGGUUUGCUGUAGCAUCUGGAUUGUACCUGUUGCUGUCGCUGCUACAGUGGAUUUUCUUUGCCUUCAUCUAUGAGCGUUUCAUCGCCGACAGUAUGAGGAAUUUCGUGGACCUGUGCUCCAUGGCAAAUAUCAGUGUGUUUGUCCUGAUUGACAACACAUUCGGCUAUUACAUCCAUGGCCGCUCCGUCCACGGCUUUGCUGACACUGACAUGAAGGACAUGCGAGAUCAGCUCAAGAGGGAAGAGGAUAAUCUCUGUGGUCAGAGAGGCCUACUGCCCAACAGCGAGCAGCAGACCUUUGAGAUCUUACUGCCCCUAAAGUUCAGAGAACAGUACAACACCAUACUGAAACCCCUGGAUGGUGUCGCAGCAAGAAUUGAUGGCACAAGAGGUCGUCCAGAUGCCGGUAGAAACCAAGAGGCAGAAAAGUCCAUCCAGGCAUACCAGACCAUGAAUCGGUUCUUGUGCACUUUCCUUGAUCACGGCAUUCGUGAUAUCGACUACAUCGUCAAGGACAAGCUUCUGCUGGAACAGAUUCUGGACAUGGAGUUCUACGAUCCAGCUGACAAGGGAUUUUUCUUCAACGAUGGCGGCCAUGCCUUUAACAAUGCCCUGUUCCAUGGCAACGAGUCCACUCUGCAGCUCUUUGAGCUGCUGCUGUUCUGCAUCGUUGAUCUGAUGUUCACCAACUUUGUGCUGGCAGCAAUCGUCACUUACAUCGGCAGCUUAUUCCUGCUCAAGGUCCGUGCUGCUGGAGGACGAGCCAAUCUGGCCAAGAAGACGCUGGUGGAUGAACGAUUCCUGAUUUGAGACAAGUACAGGUGCAGACCCUUAGUGACAAAGAAGAGCUUUGCUACGACUACAGAAUUGCUUCUUUUUUUUUUUUACUUAGAGGCCAUGACAGCUAGAAAGGAUGUAAGUGGGCGUGACCUUGGAGCCUCACCAAAGGACCACGUUUGAUACCAUCACCAGUUUGUCUAACCUGUGUGAAAUGCAAACAUAGAAGAAGAUAAAUUAAACCAGUGAGGGCAUAAUGUGAAAAACUCAGGCAACUUGAACUGGGACACAUGCAGCCGUCAAAACAAGGGUUUUUCUGGUCAGAAUAGGAAUGAGAUUAGCCUUACAACAUUGUUGGUUGGACUUCAUUUAUAGGUUCUGUUGACAAGUUACAAAGGUCUGAGUUUGCAUUCAUGGGCUUCUCAGAAAAAUACCGGAAACUUAAGUACUUAAAGUUCCGAGUUACGUAUUAAUUUGUAAAAAUGAAACACCGAGUAUUUCUUGAAAGCACUUGCAAAUUUUCCAUAAUUUAUGUACUUGUGGACAUACCUAAGAGUACAAAUAACAAUACAUAUGCAAAAGAAAUAAAAAAAUCAAAAUUUUCCCACGUUUACUUAAUGCAUUUUUCACCACUUCAGCCCAGUUCCAUCUUCUCACUUUGCCAGAACACUGAACACCUGUACAUAAAUGCCAGCCCAGAUUACAUGUGUGUCUUCAUUACAUUACAUGUACAUUGUGCAGCUGUAAAAGUGAGUUCACCCUAGCUCAAAUGAGGGCAGCAAUGAACAUUAUUAGUUCCUGCUGCAGUGCAGUUGAUGGACUGAGACAUACCACAGGCUUGACUUCGGACAAGGACCAUUGAAGAAUACACUACUGUGGGUUGUGCUUAUGCACACAAAUUUCAUGGAGCACUUGUACUGCCACUUUGCCCACUGUGAUGUGCACAGUCCCAAAGCAUCUGCAGUAGUGUGACUAGACUGCUCUCAGUGGGUGCUCCAACAGCUGCGUAUCCAGCUUUUGGCUUGGGGGGGAGGAAUUCAAAAGGGAAUGUGGCUUUAGCCUUACGUAUUCAACAUGAUAAUGGGGCAGAAAAAAUAUCAAAAGCCUAUUUAUAUGAUAAAUACUGAUUACUUUCUUUCCU